AUGAAGCGAGACGCGUGCCGGCAACUGGCCCAGUCCUUGUGGAGAGAAGGUCGCAUCCAUCUGAUCAAACCACCCGGCGGCGGCCCUGGCACUACUGACGAUGAUCCCCCCGUAUCACUGAUGAAGGAGCCAGUCAUUCAAUCAACGCCCAAGCCUAUCACCCCCACCGCGGAAACAGCGCAGGCCCGCGGUCAUAACCUGUCCAGUGACUACGGAGGCUUUCCCGAUGUAGCUGACAUCGAGGAUGCAGAACCUAUCAUGUCACCUACUACCGCUCCAUCCAAGAAGCGAACUACAAUGGAGCCAGUCGAGACUACGAAGAAGCAGAAGACCAAGAACACAGCCCAGACUCCCAAGACACUCUCAAAGGCUCCGCCGAAAGAUAACCGAAGCAUCAGGGAAUUCUUCUCUAGUGCCACCAAGUACGAAGAAGCGAAGUGA